AUGAUAUUAAAGCCUCAUUUAUCCAGGUUACACCCUCAGAUUCUUGGUCAUAUGAAUGAAAUUUGCUAGCUACGGCCGGGUUUUGUGUGGUGGCCGAUAAUGGAAGCAGGGAUUCCGUGCUCAUCAGUAAUCCUCUAGCAUGCGAGUAACGGGUUAAGGACGGUCCUUACCUGUCACUCUGUUUGCUGAGUCACUCGUUCACCUGUCGACCGUCCUGGUUUUCACUUCCUGUUUGUCUGAUGAAAGUCUGACUGACUGCAAAGUCUCCAUCGAUCCUCCCAGCCUCUCCAUCCACUGCUGCACUAUGAGUGUAUGAUGUCUGAGAGCAGCUGCUAUGGCCUGCAGCAGCGGUCAGAGCAAUGCCGAAACUCUGGAGGGGUUCCACGAGGUGAACUUGGCCUCGCCCACCACACCUGACCUUCAGAACCAAGCAGAGCAGCGCCCCCCUGCCCGUCACAGCACACCGCCCACCUCUCUGUACCGCACCCACUCUCUGGGAGCCCCGCCUCCUGGCCUUCCCACCUCUCUGAGGGCUGACCAGCUCCCCACGCAGCCAGUUUACUCCACGCCACGGCACAGCCACAAUGGAAGUGUGCCGGGCCUGGAGGCUGAGUCCGCUGAUGGCAACUUCCUGUCUGGAGAGGAUGGGGAGGAGUGCAGCGCUUUGAGCGACAGCCUGUCACGGCUGCGCAGCCCGUCUGUGAUGGAGGUCCGAGAGAAAGGAUACGAGAGGCUGAAGGAAGAACUGGCUAAGGCCCAGAGGGAGCUGCUGUUGAAGGAUGAGGAGUGUGAGAGGUUGUCUAAAGUCAGGGACCAGCUCGGCCAGGAGCUGGAGGAGCUCACCGCCAGUCUCUUCCAGGAAGCCCACAAAAUGGUCAGAGAAGCCAAUGUCAAACAGGCAAAUGCUGAAAAACAACUGAAAGAAGCUCUGGGCAAGAUUGACGUGCUCCAGGCAGAGGUCCAGGCCCUGAAGACACUGGUGCUGUCCUCCCCCACUUCCCCUGUGGGUGAACUCCCCUCUGCAAAGACUCCUUUCAGGAAGGGACACAGCAGGAACAAGAGCACCUCCUCUGCCAUCCUGGGGACGCAGCCCGACCCGUCGGCCACGCAGCCAAUCGUACGGGAGUGUAGAGAGGUGGACAGUCAGCUGUUCAGCGAGUUCAAGGCGUGGAAGGAGGAGCCGACGCUCGACCGGGGCUGUUGCUUCCUGGAGAGAGUUUACCGUGAGGACAUCUACCCCUGCCUCACCUUCAGCAAGAGCGAGCUUGGUUCGGCCAUUUUAGAAGCUGUGGAGCAGAACACGCUCAGUGUGGAGCCAGUCGGUUUCCAGCCGCUGCCUGUGGUCAAAGCCUCGGCGGUGGAGUGUGGAGGACCAAAUGGGCGAAGGGCUGAGCUCGUCACAAAAUGUGCCCUCAGCGGUCAGACCAAAACCUGUAAGCACAGAAUCAAGUUUGGAGAUUCGUCCAACUAUUACUACGUGUCUCCCUACUGUAGAUACAGAAUCACAGCAGUGUGUAAUUUCUUCACCUAUAUUCGCUACAUCCACCAAGGGCUGGUCAAACAGCAGGACGCAGAGCAGAUGUUCUGGGAGGUGAUGCAGCUCCGCAGGGAAAUGUCCUUCGCCAAGCUUGGCUACUACAAAGAUCAGCUGUGACGGACAGAUGGAUGGACGGCCUUGUCCGCCAAUCACAGCAGACUCUGACCUGAAGCCCCGCCCUCCACCUGGUUAUGGAUUUUCCUCCUCAUCUGGCCAUUUCAGGAAGCUGUCCUCUUCCUCCUCCUCCCCCUCACCCUUCCUGUGAGUGUGUUUUUGUGUGAGAGAGAAUAACUGUGGUCGUUUUCAAUCAUCACAAAUAAGACUGAAAGACUGUGACGUCUGUCGUUACUGAUGUGGAGUUUUGGUUGGUUUCUACUCAGAGUUUAAUUCCAAAAUGUGUCAUUUCCUUUAUUGAAACAUGUUACACUCCAUUAUAUUAAGAUAACUGACAUGAAAAGAGAAGUUAAAAUUCAUAUAUGUUGGCAUUUUAACCCAUCUGAGGAGCUUUGACCUUUGCUUUAUUUCUCUCCCUGCUCAAAAAUAUAAUUUAAUAUCAAUGAAAAAAUACAUUCAGUCAUGAAAUUAGAGAGUAACAUGGCAGCAAUAAGUCACUGAAAUCAGAGCCACUGAAGGGGAGAUCAGAGAUUUAGGCAGCGAAUACAAAAUAAAGCCAUUUAACUGGGACAAAUGUUUUAC